AUGGUGCUGUCCUCGUCGCGAUCCUCAGUGGCCCUGGGAGAGUGGCGGCAGCGGCAGAGGAGGAGCCCCCACUCGGCCCUCGUUGUAUCUCGAUUUGAGACUCCCACUCUGAGCCGCUACUGGAGUGCCUGGCUACUUGGCAGACUGAGACUGGAUGAACAGCAAUCUGCCCUCUGGAGUUUACUCUUACUCUGGAACUGCAGGACCCUGAUAAAUGCCGCCUUCAGUGAAAUCAAAGAAGCCGCCUUUGCUCAUCUCCCGUUCUUGCAGUUCCUGUUAUUGAAUUCCAACAAAUUUUCCUUGAUCGGGGACAAUGCAUUCACUGGACUCUCGCACCUGCAGUACCUGUUCAUCGAGAAUAACAACAUCCAGUCUCUGUCAAAAAACACCUUCCGUGGACUCAAGACUCUAACACACCUUUCUUUGGCCAACAACAAUCUGCAGAAGCUGCCCAGAGACCUCCUGAAGCCCUUGGACAUCCUGAGCGACCUAGACCUCCGGGGCAAUUCCUUGAUCUGUGAUUGCAACAUCAAGUGGUUGGUAGAAUGGAUGGAGAGCACCAACACGAGCGUACCUGCCAUUUUCUGCGGAAGCCCCCCUCAGUACCAAGGCCAGAUGAUCCGGGACCUGCCCCUCAAGAAUUUUGACUGUGUCACCACAGACUUCGUCGUGCAUCAGGUCCUGCCUUUCCAGUCUGUGUCUGCAGAGCCUUUCCUGUACGCCAGUGACCUCUAUGUGGCUUUGGCCCAGCCAAGUUCCAGCAGCUGCACCAUCCUCAAAUGGGACUAUGUAGAGCGCAAGCUGCGGGACUUUGACCACAUCCCUGCUCACUCAGUGGUCUACUGCAAGCCAAUUGUGGCUGAGUCGCAGCUGUAUGUCGUGGUGGCCCAGCUCUUCGGCGGCUCCUACAUUUAUCGCUGGGACAGCAACACUGACAAGUUCAUCAAGAUCCUAGACAUCGACAGCCAGAAGAUCCGUAAGCCCAACGACAUUGAGGCCUUCCAGAUUGAAGGUGAUUGGUUCUUUGUCAUCGCUGACAGCUCCAAGGCAGGCUCCACCAGCCUCUACCGCUGGAACCAAAAUGGCUUCUACUCCCAUCAGGACCUGCACUCGUGGCACCGUGACACUGACGUGGAAUAUGUGGAGACUGAUGGCCAGCCCUGGCUCAUCAUUUCCAGCAGCUCCCAGGUGCCCAUCAUCUACCAAUGGAAUCGUUCGCAAAAACAAUUUGUCCACUUGGGCGAUGUGGCGGAAGUGAUGGACGUGCAGAUGGUCAAGCAUUUCCGAAUCAAGAGGGACAGCUACUUGUGCCUGAGCCGUUACAUUGGCGACUCCAAGGUGGUCAAGUGGGAGGGUCUGCGGUUCACGGAGGUGCAGACCUUGCCCUCCCGGGGUUCCAUGGUCAUGGAGCCCUUCAGGGUGUCUCAGCACCAAUACGUGGCCCUGGGCAGUGACUUCUCCUUUACCCACAUCUAUCUUUGGGAUGAAGAGAAGCAGAGAUUUGAGAAGUUCCAGGAACUCUCGGUCCAGGCCCCACGAGCGUUCCGCCCCAUCCCCUUAGAGGACAUAGAUGUCCUACUGGCCCCCAGCUUCAAGGGAAACACACUGGUGUACAAGCAUGUUGUGGUAGACCUCAGCUUGUAGGGUGGAUAGGUCAUUGCUCUCCCCCCCCCACUGCACCACACCACACAUGCUCUUUCCCUGGGGGUGCCUCAUGCGUUAAGUAGCAUGUGGGCACUGUAAUCACUUGGAGCAAGGCUGGUUGAUCACUGUCCCUGAAUCAACUUGGAUGUAUAUGCAAUAAUACAUACCCCUGGACCUCAUAUCAUUAUGUCCAUGCAAUAUAGACCAAGUGUCUUGGUUGAAACUCAAAUCUUGCUGCCAAAAUUUGAGCACUGAAAUAACUAUGUGCAUGUUCGCAUGCGUGUGCGCACCCACCCACACCACAACUCAUUGGAAUGGCUGCCACACACGGAGGGGACUUUUUGAAGUGAUCCCCUGAAUGUACAUCCUCCAUGAAUUUGUCUCCUCCUCUUUUCAAGCCAUCCAAGUUGGUGGCCAUCACUGUCUCCUGUGGGAGCAAAUUCCAUAGUUUAACUAUGCACUUUCUAUACAAAAGAAGUUCUUUCUUUUCUCUAUCCUGAAUCUUCCAACAUUCAGCUUCAUUGGAUGUCCACGAGUUCUGGUGUUAUGAGAGAGGGAAGAACACCUUUUCCUGUUCACUUUCUCCAUGCCAUGCAUAAUGUCAUACACUUCCAUCAUGCCCUUACUUGCCUUUUCUCUAAACUAAAAAGCCUCAAAUGCUGCAACCUUUCCUCAUAGGGGAGUCACUCCAUCACCUUGAUCAUCUUGGUUGCCCCUUUCUGAAUCUUUUUCAACUCUAUUCUUUUUGAGGUGAGACAACCAGAACUGUCCACAGUGUUCCAAAUGCGGCCGCACAAUAGAUUUGUAUAAUUAUGAUAUCAGCAGUUUUAUUUUCAAUCCUUUUCUACAGGCCCCUAGCAUGGAAUUUGCCUUUUUCACAGCUGCCACACAUUGGCAUGACAUCUUUUUCAAGCUAUCCACUAGGACUCCAAGGUCUCAUUCCUGGUCAGUCACUGCCAGUUCAAACCACAUGAGCAUCUAUGUGAAAUUAAGAUCUUUUGCUUGAAUAUGCAUAACUUUACACUUGUUUACAUCAAAUUGCAUUGUAGCGCCCAUUCAUUCGGUUUGGAGAGGUCCAUUGGGAGCUCUUUGCAAUCCUUUUUUGUUUUAAUAACCUGAACAAUUUACUAUCACCAGCAAAUGUGGCCACCUCACUGCUCUUCCCUAAGACUAGAUAGUUUGUGAACAAUUUAAAAAACACAGGUCCCAAUACAGAUGCUUGGGGGAUUUCUACCUCCCUCCAUUGGGAGAACCGUCCAUUUAUUCCUACUCUCUGGUUCAACCAGUUCCUGAUCCACAAUAGGACUUCUCAUCAUAUUCCAUGGUUGCUAAGCUUACUCAGGAGUCUUUGACGAGGUACCUUGUUGAAAGCUUUUUGAAAGUUCAAGUACAUUAUGUCAGCUUGAUCACCUCUACCUAUAUGCUUGUUGACACUCUCAAAGAACUCUAAUAGAUUAGUAAGACAGGACUUACCCUUGCAGAAGUCAUGCUGGUUCUUUUUCAGCAAGUCUUGUUCUUCUUUAUGCUUGGCUACCUUAUCUUUAACAAUACUUUCCACCAGUUUUCCUGGGACUAACCGGUUAAACUAACCGGCCUGUAAUUUUGGGAUCCCUCCAGAUCCCUUUUUAAAGAUUGGUCUGACAUUGUCCACUUUUCAGUCCUCAGGUACAGGAUCUGAGGGACGUUACAUAUUCUUGUUAGAAGAUCCACAAUUUCACAUUCAAGUUCUUUGAGAACUCUCAGGUGGAUACCAUCCAGACCCAGCGAUUUGUCAAUUUUUGUUUUGUCUGUUAAGACUAAGACUUCAUCCCUCAUCACCACUAUUUGCCUCAGUUCCUCAUAUUCCCUUCAAGUUUGUUCAGGGACAGGGAUCUGUCCUAUAUCAUCUGUUGUGAAGACAGAUGCAAAGAAUUAAUUUAGCUUCUCUGCAAUCUCUUUAUCCUGCUUUAGCACACCCUUCACUCCCUUAUCAUCCAAGGGUCCAACUGCCUCCCUAGGUGGUCUCCUGCUUUUAAUGUAUUUAAAUUUUGUUGUUCUUUAUGUUUUUAGCAAUGCGUUCCUCAAAUUAGUAUCCCUUAUUGCCUGCUUGCAUUUCGUUUGCCAAAGUUUGUGUUACAUUUUAUUCUUGUUGUUUGGUCAAACUUCCAUUUUUUGAAGGAAGCCUUCUUGCCUCUAAUAGCUUAAUUGAAUCUGCUCAUUAACCAUGCUGGCAUUCUCUUCAUGGUGGUGGUACUUUUCCUGAUCUGCAGUAUACACUCCAGCUGAGCUUCUAAUAUUGUGUUUUUACACAACUCCCAAACAUUUUGGGGUUAUUUCACCCUCUGGACUAUGCCUUUCCACCUCCUUUUUACCAAGGAAACUUGGUAAAAGUUUUGUGGAAGUUUCCUCCUUGAAGUAAGAUGUGACCAUGUUGGAUUUUCUAGGCAAUUGGCUAUUUACAUGUAUGUUUAAUUUAAUAGCUCCCAAUUGGUUUGACAACACUUGCAUCUCCUGGGCGCCACUUAAGAUUAAGUCCAGGGUUGCUGCCCCUCUGGUCAGUUCCAUGACCAACUAUUCUAGGGCACAGUCCUUUAGGAUACCUAGAAAAUUUGGCUCUUUGCCAUUAUUGGAACACGUAUGUAGCCAGUCUACGUCAGGCUAGUUGGAUGCUUCCUCAAUUUCAUUUUUCAUCUCAAGAACUCUCUGAGCAUUUUGAUCAGGGAGACAAUAGCAUAUCACAAAUACUAAAUUACUCUUGGGGUCUGGUAUCACUAUCCGCAAUGAUUCUGUGGAGGAGUCUGCCUCUUUUGGGGUUUCUAGCUUGCUGGAUUUAAUGUCCUUUUUCACGUACGCAGCGACACCACCUCCAAUACGUCGUUCCCUGUCCUUCUUAUAGUUUAUAUCCAGGGAUCACCGUGCCCCACUGUUUUCGCCAUCCCACCAGGUUUCAGGUAUGCUCACUAUCUCAAUGCUGUCCUCUAAGACCAAGCACUCCCGAUCUCCCAUCUUGGCUCGGAGGCUUCUAGCAUUAUUAGCGUAUAGACACUUGUAUACAGUGUCUCUUUUCAAGUGUCACUGGCACUUGUGUUGAGACCAUGGUGCUUUUGCCUCUCUGAAUUGCUAUCCCGGGCCCCUGUACUCACCAUGCCAAGUUCAGUAGGGGACAAAAUUUCAGAACUCCUAAUCUAGAGUGUUUACAUUAAUUUUAGUCCUCUGUAUUGUUUGCCUUGUGGUAGUGCAGAAAUCUGUGCUUGCGCGGUUACCUAGUAACCAUAGGCAGUGAGACUAGCACUUCUUGUUUUUUUAAUGGAAUCUGAAAGAAACUGAGCAUGCUUGUUUCCCUAGCAACCAGAAGGAGUGGAAAUGUAAAAUUAGAGGGGGUGGUCAUUAGGAAACUGCAUGAUUGAUCCUUCAUAGAGUGUGUGAAUUGAAAAGACCAUCUUUGCAGCUAACAUUGAGCAUUCACUGCAGAUGGUGCAAAAAGAAACAGAGGUAAAAACAAUGUCUUUAGUAUGAAGUAAUGUUGCUGUGUGGAUAAGCUCUAAGGUUGUUGGUUUAUUGAAGGAGUUCAAAAGGAAAUACUGGUACGUAUUGGGGUCUUAAAGGUACUUGUUGACAGUUUCUGAAGACUCCAGAGACACCACUGCUGACCCCAUCCUCAGGCCCAAUUCCCUAAACCUCCACCCCAGCCACAUACUCCCACACAACCCACUUCAGCUGCUGGGGACAACCUGCCUCUGUACCACAACGCGUCUCUGGUUGCCCUCCUGGCUACUUGGACAGUUUAGCCAAUUUUUAAAACCUACUUGAGUCAUUUCCCUCUGGUAAGACCUUUUCACCAGGCAGCCUCUCAGGCCGCAUAUCCCAAUCUUCACCACACAAGUAUUAAUAACACACUGGGUAUUCCUAUACAGGCCGUAGCUAUUCUCCUCAGCUUUUCUCUCUGGUCUUUCCCCCUUUUUAAAAUUCCAGCUUGGUUAUUAAAGUAGUAUUUUAAGUCUGCAUCAGUCAGCUUAAGAUGCCUCUCCAAAACAAGCCAUGUGUAGAAGGAGGCUAAUAAUUGUGUUUUGAGCCAUAUAUAUAAUAAA